CCAAGCUAUCGUCCCUGAAGUUACACUGAUCUCCACUGUCAAGUGUCAUCAUUUUGUUCUUUGUAAUUUAUCGAGUAAUGACACCAUAACUAUUUCUUUACUACUCAAUUCACUGUUCUUUAGUUGUCGUGGUUAUUUUAAAAAUUUUUUAUCCUUUUAAUAAAAAUAACAAAAUUAUAUAAACUAAUUAUUUUGUGAAAAAAAUAAAAUAAAAAGUGAUGUUUGUGUAAAAAAAUGUACAAUGUGUAGUGAAAAUGAAUAAAUUGUGGCAAUUAUGAGGAAGAAAAUCUUUAAAGUUUUUAAAUUAAAAGAACCCUUUUAAUUUAAACCAAAGUACCGGUUCUUUGGUUUUUGUAGAUCAAAAUGUUCACAAUUAAAAAGGCGUCAUUUGAAAUCCUACAAUUUAAUUUACGUGAAGAAUCAUUGGAUUAAAGGAGAAAUAUUGUAAGCUCAGAUCGAACCUUAAGAGAGUCGAGACAUAUUAUACGAGAGUUUGGGAGUUUUGUAGUUUUCCGGAAACGAACAUAAUACCAACAGCAAGGGAAUUUACUUCAGUAGAUGCAAACCUCGACGUCUAAUUUAACGGCAACCCGUGGAUGUUAUUUAUACAUUGCUUCUUCAGCAGCUUUACAGAGACAGUGACAUCAAUUUCCACUUUUUAAGUGUCUGGUGAAUUUUAGCGAGGAUAAUUGAAGAUUGAAAAUUUGUUCAAACAUUUAAGUGAAAGGUCGUGUUGAAAUUUUUCUUAAUCAUUGGAAUUUAUCUUUCAUUUGAUGUAAAUAGACAUGAAAGAUACAACGUGUUCCUAAUGACACAACGACAUGUGGAGUGAAUGAAAUGAAAACGAUACCAUCGGGAUUUAGCAAAAAUUCAACCGUAGUAAAAAUUAAUCUUGAAAUACGUGAAAGAAAAUUUAAAGAUUCAACGGAACAAAAGUGGGAACGUUGGAGACGACAGAAAAACUUCUGGGGUCUCGAGAGACGAAAGAAGAAGGUUAGAAAACUGGACACACAACUCCAUCGGAAAAUUAACCAAGAUGGUAACAUGAGAGUUGAAAAAAUAGCACCCAAAGAAAGUAGUAGAUAAUAAUAAGAAAGGCAAGAAGCCGACAAACGGUUUAGAAAAAAUUAAGUUAGUAAACAAUGGACUUAGAUCCGGUAUUGGUGAAUUUCACUGAUUCACCAGAAAAUAUUUUUACUGGCACAGAAAUCUUCACCAUUUCUAGUGAAAAGACUAAUAUCACGCUUGAGUGUAAUGCAGAACUUAAUGACGGUGCUCUAUUUGAGUUUAUUACAAAUGGAAUUUUCUUGAAUGUAGUCGGCCUCUUUGGUUUAUUCGGCAACAUCAUUUCCAUGAUUAUCCUCUCUAGACCACAGAUGAAAUCUUCAAUAAAUUACCUCCUCAUUGGUCUGGCUCGUUGUGAUACAGUGUUGAUCAUUACUGCAGUUUUGAUCCAUGGAUUGCCAGCAAUAUAUGCAUAUACAGGGCUUUUGUUUAAUUAUAAAUUUAAAACUUUUCCUCGCAUCGUUAGAUAUUUAUAUCCUCUUUCUUGCAUGGCUCAAAUGGUCACGGUCUACUUGACGUUAACAGUGACUAUGGAAAGAUAUGUCGCUGUUUGCCACCCACUCAAAGCAAGAUCUUUCUGCACUUAUGGUCGAGCGAGACUUGCAGUACUUUGUAUUGUCAUUGUUUCAGCUCUUUAUAAUUUACCUAAGUUUUGGGAAGUAGAUAUAGAUGAGGAGAUUCACUGGAAAUAUAAUGUAACUGUCUACUGUGUUGUGCCUGCAAUUCUCCGAUCCAGUGAUCUCUACAUAACGAUUUACGUUAACUGGAUGUAUUUUUUUGUCUAUUAUGCUUUUCCUUUCGUGGCUCUGGUUGUUUUCAACGUUGCUAUUUACCGAAGAGUAAGUGAUUGAAUGUGAAUCAUCAAAAUGCUUUCCUUUCUACCCGACCAUUAUUCUAUCUCUUCUACUAAUAAAAUAGAAUACUGAUUCUAAAGCAAUGCAAAAAAUA